UAGUCAGCGCGUGUGUUUUUGUAUUUGCAACGCGAUGCACCGUGGGCCGGGCAAAAGCCAAGAUGGCGGCAGCCGUGUUUGGCGAAACGCGUUUAGAAUGAGCUUCUUAAAUACAUAUCACAAAGAUGCUUCACCCUAAGCGCACGUUAAAUUCAACGCAUUGUGAUUUCUUAGCUCACACAAUAAAUAUCUAACUUGCCGAGUUAGACGAGUGAUGCUUACUUGACGCGACAUCUAAUAAAAACCCGUAACGAGGGAAAAAAAAAUUUUCAUCUCGUCUACUCUAUCAGAAUUGCAGAAGGUUCCUUCGAAGGAGUAUAUCUUCAUAGACGAUCGUGUUCAUCGUUUAAUUAUAUUUUCAUUCCUCAUCGAUACACCGGAAAGAAAAAAGACAUUUUUUCUAUCAUGGCUACGAAAAGAUUUAAGGAAACAAUGAGCGAUGAUACAAGUGGUAGUGAUUUCGAUGAUGAUGAGGAUCCUGAUAAAAUCGAAGUACCUGGCGGUGGUAAAGAUCUCGCAACUGCUGCUGGAAUUGCAAAUAUUAAAGAUGAAAAGCCUUUAGAAGUACCAUCUAAUGUUACAAACAAAGGACAAACUGUUGCAAAUGCGUUGAAUCAAAAACUAAGUAACAAAAUACCAGGUGGAUUAGUAACUAAAACUGCACCACCAGGGUAUGAAAUGGUACGUGUGGGAGGAUCGCAAGGUACUCCACCUAAUUUUGUUGGUGCCAACCAACUUAAUCAGUUGGGUCAAUUAGGAGCUGGUGGACCAUAUAACUUCCCAGGUUUAGCAAGUCUUGCAGGAUUCAAUCCUGCGGCAUUUUUACAACAGAGUAUGGAUAUGAAUAAUUUAAUAGGAGGCUUCAUGGGAAUGGCUGGAAUGAAUAUGGGUGGUGUUAAUCCAUUCGUACAGUUUCUCAAUCAAAGUGGACUUCAUCCAAAUUGGCCUGCAGGUCUAUCUGGGAAAGCUGUAUCACAAUUAUGGAUGAAUUCAGGUGAUCCGACAAAAGUGGGCAUGCAACCAACAAUACCGGAAGAAGAAGAAGUAGAUGACGAAGACAUGGGUGUUGCUGAAACUUAUGCUGACUAUAUGCCUACCAAACUCAAACGUGGGCGUAAACAUCCAGAUCCAGUUGUUGAGACAGCAUCAUUAUCCAGUGUAGAACCCACAGACGUUUGGUACGAACUUUCUAUACCAGAAGAAACAAUACGAUCAGGAGCAUUAUCUGCUCUUCAAUUGGAAUCCAUUACUUAUGCAUCCCAACAACAUGAACAUCUUUUACCGGAUGGCACACGUGCUGGAUUUCUUAUUGGAGAUGGAGCUGGUGUUGGUAAAGGACGAACUAUAGCGGGCAUCAUAUUUGAAAACCAUUUAAAAAAUAGGAAACGUGCCAUUUGGGUAUCCGUUUCUAACGAUCUCAAAUACGAUGCUGAGCGUGAUUUAAAAGACAUUGGAGCAUUGAAAAUUGACGUACAUGCGUUAAAUAAGUUUAAAUAUGCUAAGAUUUCUUCAGCUAUUAAUGGAAACGUUAAAAAAGGUGUAAUAUUUAGUACGUAUUCGGCAUUAAUUGGUGAAUCCUCACAAAGUGGAGGUAAAUACAAAAGUAGACUAAAACAACUUUUGCAAUGGUGUGGAGAAGAUUUUGAUGGAUUAAUUAUAUUUGAUGAAUGUCAUCGUGCAAAAAAUUUAUGCCCCACUGGAAGUUCAAAACCAACUAAAACUGGUUUAACAGUAUUGGAAUUACAAAAUAAAUUACCUAAAGCACGAGUAGUAUAUGCUAGUGCCACUGGAGCUUCUGAACCUCGCAACAUGGCCUAUAUGGUACGAUUAGGUAUGUGGGGUGAAGGAACACCUUUUCCUGAAUUCAAUGAUUUUAUCACUGCAGUAGAGAAACGUGGAGUAGGUACAAUGGAAAUUGUAGCGAUGGAUAUGAAAUUAAGAGGGAUGUACAUUGCUCGACAACUUAGUUUUCAUGGGGUUGCCUUUAAAAUUGAAGAAGUACCUCUGUCCAAGGAUUUUACCAAAAUUUAUGAUCACUCUGUAAGAUUAUGGGUAGAGGCUAUGCAAAAAUUCCAAGAAGCGGCCGAAUUAAUAGAUGCUGAAAAUCGUAUGAAAAAAACAAUGUGGGGUCAAUUUUGGUCAUCGCAUCAACGCUUUUUUAAAUAUCUAUGUAUCGCAGCUAAAGUAAAGCAUGCCGUUUCGGUAGCUCGAGAAGCUGUUAAAUGUGGGAAAUGUGUUGUUAUCGGUUUGCAAUCAACUGGCGAAGCACGUACUUUGGAACAACUUGAACGUGAUGAUGGAGAACUAAGUGAUUUUGUUUCUACUGCUAAAGGAGUACUUCAAACUUUAGUAGAAAAGCAUUUUCCAGCACCGAAUCGUAAUAGAAUUCAUCGUCUUCUUGGUUUGGAUCUACCAAAAAUGAAUAAAUUAGAAGAAGAUUUUGUUGACGGGGCAGGUGGAUCUGCUGGAGGAAGUAAAAGAAAACCAGUACGUCAAGCAGCUCAAAGAGCUUCUAAGAAAGUUCGAGCAUGGUCUUCUGAAGAAGAGAUUACAGAUGAAGAAAAGAAUGGUGAUCAUAGUUCUGGUUCAGAAUUUAAAUUAAGUGGAACAGAAAGUGAAGAUGAUCAUCGAACUGAUGAGGAAAGUAAUAUAAGUUCUGAUUUUAAUCCAUUUUACAGUGACAGUGAUUCUGAUGUUGAUCCAUGGGAUAGGAGAAAGAAGAAGGGUGGCAAGAAACAAAAGAAACCAACUAAGAAACGUUUAAGUACACAGGAUAAAAUACAAUCAAUGCUGGAACACAAGACAUCUAAUAAUAGGAAUAAGCGUAACGGAGAUACGGCAGCGACCGGAAAUCAUGGUAAUGCAUCUUCUUAUAAUCAAGGACCACCUCGGGAUGCUAUUGAACGUGCUUGUAGCAUGAAAGAAGAAUUAUUAGCACAAAUAGAGACCUUAGGAGAAAAGUUGCCACCUAAUACGUUAGAUCAAUUGAUCGACGAACUUGGUGGUCCGGAAAACGUUGCAGAAAUGACUGGAAGAAAGGGUCGUGUUGUACAAACAGAAGAUGGUGCAAUACAAUAUGAAUCUAGAUCCGAAGUAGACGUUCCUUUAGAAACUCUUAACUUAACGGAAAAACAAAGAUUCAUGGAUGGUGAGAAAACGGUUGCGAUCAUUUCGGAAGCAGCUAGCAGUGGCAUAUCAUUGCAAAGCGACAGACGUGCAAGAAAUCAAAUGCGUCGGGUACAUAUCACACUUGAACUGCCAUGGAGCGCAGAUAGAGCAAUACAACAGUUUGGUCGAACGCAUCGUUCGAAUCAAGUCAAUGCUCCGGAAUAUAUAUUCCUUAUUUCGGAUCUUGCAGGAGAAAGACGAUUUGCUUCAAUCGUUGCGAAACGUCUCGAAAGUCUUGGUGCAUUGACGCACGGAGAUCGCAGAGCUACCGAAACGCGAGAUCUUUCGCAAUUUAAUAUCGACAACAAAUACGGUCGAUCGGCUCUCGAAGCAACAAUGAAAACUAUAAUGGGAUACGAGCCACCAUUGGUACCACCGCCGCAAGAUUAUAAUGGCGAUUUCUUCAAAGAUGUUGCGGAUGCACUUGUGGGUGUAGGACUUAUUUGUAAUAGUGAAAACAUGCCUGGAGUUCUUACUCUAGACAAAGAUUACAAUAACAUGUCGAAAUUCUUAAAUCGUAUUUUGGGAAUGCCGGUUGAUCUACAAAAUCGAUUAUUCAAAUAUUUUACCGACACUUUGAACGCCAUUAUCCUUCAAGCUAAGAAAACUGGACGUUUUGAUAUGGGUAUUCUCGAUCUUGGUACAUCAGGAGAAAAUGUUCGUAGAGUAAGACUUUAUCGUUUCCUUCGAAAACACGCGACUGGUAAAGCACCUACUGAAUUACACGUUGUCCAUGUUGAACGUGGCAUGAGUUGGACCGAGGCAAUGGAUCAAUGGUCCAAAUUAACUGGUGCCAAAGAAGGAUUUUAUUUAAGUCAUCAAAUAAGAAAUGGUAAACAAACAGCUAUUUUGGCAGUUGCUGUUGAUAUUGGUAAAAAGAAAAACGAAAGUAAAAAAGAUCAGUUAUACAUGGUUUACAGGCCGAAUACCGGACUUCAAUUACGUCAAGAAACGUUAGGUGAAUUAGAGAAGAAAUAUAAAAAAGUUUCAACUGAAGAAGCAGAACCUCAUUGGACGCAACAAUAUGAGGCAUCCGUGGAUACAUGUUCGCACGCUUAUUGGCGUGGCAAUUGUAAAAAUGUCACUCUUGGUAUGGAGUGUGAAGUAGGACUACGAAGACGUUCUUACAACGUCUUAGCUGGUUCAGUUCUUAGCGUUUGGAGUCGCGUUGAAGGUGUACUUGCAGCGCGAUCUGGACAUAAUUCAAAGAUGCAAGUUGUCCGAUUGAGAACUGAUGAAGGUUUGAAAAUUGUAGGAACUCUUAUUCCAAAAUCUUGCAUGGAAACCUUACGUCAAGCACUUUCAUCAGAUGCAGAAAAUACUGAAGAAUUAACAUUUUGAAUGCUUUAUGAACAAAAGAUGAGGAUAAAACCAAUUAAAUAAUAGUAUUAAGUAAACACAUAAUGAAUGGGACGCAUUAAAAGCAUCGUGCAAUCGUAAAGAACAUGUUACUUGCACAAAUCGGAUUGACUACCAUAGAGCACACAUAAUAAUGUGUUGGGUAGAGGCUAAACUGUACCCAUCAGUGUUGUAAUGUAUUUUCGUCACAGAUUUAGCAUGACAAGUGAAAUAAACGCUCGAAAUAAG